GACCCGUCUGCGACUGUCUGAAACAGUAUCCGAAAUUGAGAGUCGUUCGGGAAGCCGCUACGGCGAGUCUAAAUUGGUCAGGAUUUUACUAGUCCUUCCAUCGGGCUCGCUGGUUGGUGCGACCUGCAGCCAUGGCUGUAAAAAAUCCGCUGCCGUACAGGUGCAGUCAGCCCCCGGCACUGUCGGCCAUCGUAGCUUCGACAGUCGCUUGCUCAAUUGGACACAAUCAUCAUUCAGUUGCCCUGUCAGGGCAGUCUAGACUCCUCCUCUUACUAAGGAAGCAGCCUGGGAUGUUCACAUACACUACUGCAGGAUCCGAACCGUCUGUCCUGCCAAUCGCCUUGUCUUCACUUGCAGGGACCAGGAAUCAUGACGACAAUGGCGUCUAUACCUCGCAGGGAUGUAUGAGCCAGGAACUAUAGUUCGUUCUACUAUAUCGAAGGCGCUGGAAAGGUUUCUUCCGAUGGUCUCAGUUUCGGGGCCAACCUGGAACGCAAGUCGGCAUGGACGAUGUAACCGCAAUCGGCAGCUAGAUCAGCAGCUAGAGCGCAUCAAAACAAAGC